AUGAGAUUACCAUCAAUUGCAGCAACAAAUUCAGUCUUUGCUGACGAUGACAAACCAUAUGUCUUCGAAAACCCAAAUGAUUUACCAAUGGAAACAUUAGUCAACCAUGUCUUACCAUAUCCAACCGAAUAUAGUAGUAGAGCAACUAAGAUCCCUGGAACUGAUGAACCUGGAUACACCGAAAUUUAUAGAAAUGCUGCUACUCCAGGAUGUAUAAAAUCUCAUUUAGUCCCUGGAUUAGAUACUUAUCAUGCUGUUUUUAAGUCAAGUAGUAGAAGAUAUAAAGAUAGACCAUGUUUUGGUGUUCAUGAAUAUGAUUAUGAAAAUGAUCAACAUAUGGAAAGAUAUGCUACUAUUAGUUAUGGUGAAGCAAAUGAAAGAAAGAAGAAUUUAGCAGCUGGUUUGUUAUUCUUAUUGGAAUGUAAUCCUUUCAAAGAUAAUUCUUUAGAAUCUCAUCAAAAGAUUACCAAUCAUGUCAGAGAUUAUAAGAAAUAUAAUACUGAUAAUUUAUCAUUUGUUGUUUCCCUUUGUUCUGGUAAUCGUGUUGAAUGGGUUUUGACUGAUUUAGCUUGUUCUUCCAACUCAAUCACCACCACCGCAUUAUAUGACACUUUAGGUCCUGAUGCAUCUAAAUACAUUUUAGAAACUACCGAAUCACCAGUCGUUGUCGCCUCCAAAGAACAUAUCAAACAUUUAAUCGAGUUAAAGAAACAAAACCCAACCUCCUUACAAUCAAUCAUCAUGAUCGUUUGCAUGGAUCCAUUAUCUAGAAAGGAUUCAUAUCUCCACAAAAUGGCCGAAUCCGUCAACAUCAAGCUUUUUGAAUUCUCCCAAGUUGAAAAAACCGGUGCUAUUUUCCCAAGACCAGAAUAUGAACCAACCAAGGAAACAAUCUUCACCAUCUCAUUCACUUCCGGUACUACUGGUUCCGCACCUAAGGGGGUCCUCCUUACUCAAGAAUCCGCCUGUGCUGCAACUUUGGCCUUCUCCUUACAAGUCCCUCAUUCACAAAACACCAAAGAAUUCGCAUUCUUACCAUUAGCUCAUAUUUUCGAAAGAUGUAUUUCCGCCAGUGUGUUCUUAUUCGGUGGUUCAAGUGGAUUUCCAAGAUUAGGUGGUACUCCAUUAACGCUUUUUGAAGAUUUAAAAUUAUGGAAACCAACCUUCAUGGCCAAUGUUCCACGUAUCUUCACUAAAUUAGAAGCAGGUAUUAAAGCAUCCACCACCGAUUCUGUUUCCGCAUUAACCAGAUCCUUAUAUUCCUCAGUCAUCAAUUCCAAACGUACAAAGCAAGCCUCUAAGGAUGGAGAAAGGGGUAGUCAAAUGAUUUAUGACACAUUGUUCACUUCCAAGAUUAGAUCACUUAUGGGAUUUGACAAUAUGGAAUUCGUCUUCACUGGAUCAGCACCAAUUUCUCCUGACACUAUCCAAUUCUUGAAAGCUAGUUUAGGUAUUGGUAUGUCCCAAGGUUACGGAUUAACCGAAUCUUUUGGUGGUGUGGCUAUGUCAGCACCAUUUGAAGCUAAAGUCGGUACUUGUGGGACUAUUUCUCCAUGUUGUGAAUGUAGAUUACGUGAGAUUCCAGAAAUGGGAUAUGGUGUUAAUGAUGAAGGUGGUGCUAGGGGUGAAUUACAACUCCGUGGUCCUCAGAUCUUUGUUAAAUAUUACAAAAACCCAGAAGAAACCAAAAAAGCACUUUCAGAAGAUGGUUGGUUUUCUACUGGUGAUGUUGCACAAAUCACUGAUGAUGGUAAGUUGACAAUUAUUGACCGUGUGAAGAAUUUCUUCAAAUUGUCCCAAGGUGAAUAUGUCACUCCAGAACGUGUUGAAAACGUCUAUCUUUCCUCAAAUUCAAUCCUUACUCAAUGUUUCACCCAUGGUGACCCACUCCAAUCUUUCCUUGUUGGUAUUGUCGGGGUUGAUCCUGCCAAUAUUGUCAACUAUCUCAAGACCCAAUGUCAUGUUUCUGAAGACGAAGAUUUAUCCACUCCAGAAAAGAUUUUGGAAGUAUGUAAUAGAAAACAAGUCAAGACAAGAUUGUUAUUGAAUUUGAAUUCGAAUUUGAAUGUGGAUUUGAAUGGGUAUGAGAAGUUGAAUAAUAUUUAUAUUGAGUUUGAACCUUUGAGAUUGGAUAGACAGGUGGUUACUCCAACUCAAAAGUUGAGAAGACCUAUUGCUGCUAAGUUCUUUAAGAAACAGAUUGAUGAAAUGUAUGAAGAAGGUAGUAUUACUAGACAACCUAAGUUGUAG